AACGUCAACACAAGCCAACGCACGGACAAUAUUUCUGCCGGUGUUUCAUAAGAAAACGGCAUAUUUCACUGCGCGUCGUUUAAACUCAAAGGACUGCAGUGAGGGAAGGAGACAUGUCUCAGGACAAGCAAACCUACCCCAUAAUGGGGGAAAAUAACCCCCUUCACAACAAUGUCUACGGGCCCCCCAAAACGGAUGCCUUUGGAAUGCCUCCUCCAAACUACAGCCAGGGUCCAGGGGCCCCUCCGUAUGCGGCACCAGGACCCUAUGGUCCACCCGAUUAUGGCCAGCCUGCCUACGGCCAGCCUCCAGCACCAGGGUUUGGUCCUGGCCCUGGCCCAUACCCACAGAUGCCAUAUCCACAGAUGCCAUACCCGCAAGCGAACUACGCUCAAGGGCCGUACCCUCAGAGCCCAUACCAGCAGGGGCCCGGCCAGCCCGCCUUCGGUGUAGAUCCUAAUGCUUCUAUGGAGAGUCCUGGAUAUCACGGUGGAGACGGACCUCCGUCUUACUACGGAAAUGACGACUUUGCAAACUCCAACUGGGAAGAUAAGAGUAUCCGACGGGCCUUCAUCAGAAAGGUGUUCAUGGUGUUGACCGUGCAGCUGUUGGUCACCUUCUCCUUUGUCACGGUUUUUACCUUCGCGAAAGACGUCAAAGUGUUUGUGCGGAGAAACCAGUGGACGUAUUACGUGUCCUACGCCAUCUUCUUUGUGUCUCUGAUCGUUCUCAGCUGCUGUGGAGAAGUGCGCCGCAAACACCCAUGGAACCUGGUGGCACUGUCCAUCCUGACUCUGAGUCUGUCCUAUUUGGUUGGCAUGAUUGCCAGCUUCUACGACACGGAUGCGGUCAUCAUGGCGGUGGGCAUCACUGUAGUCGUCUGCUUUGCUGUUGUGGUCUUUUCACUCCAGACCAAAUAUGACUUCACCUCCUGCUAUGGUGUUCUGCUGGUGUGCACGAUUGUCCUGCUGGUCGCCUGCAUCCUCUGCAUCUUUAUCCGAAACAAGAUCCUGCACAUUGUCUAUGCUUCACUCGGAGCUCUGCUGUUCACUUGCUUUCUGGCCGUGGACACUCAGCUUCUGCUGGGCAAUAAGAAGCUGGCCAUCAGCCCGGAGGAAUACGUCUUCGCAGCUCUCAACCUCUACACCGACAUCAUCAACAUCUUCCUCUACAUCCUGGCCAUCGUGGGCCGCACCAGGGACUGAGCACCCCCUGCUGCCACAGGAGGGAAGCGCAGUCCACUCUCAGACCUCACCGCGAUCCACCCUCCCUCAUCUAUUCUGCAUUCUCUCCCUCUCACACAUUCCCCACAAAGGCUCCUCAGGCCACAUCGCAAAAGAUUUAAGCAGCGUCACUUGCUCUUUUCCUUCCCGAUAAAUCCUGCAAAGAUGAAUUGAGGUGAAGUUGGUUUUAUUGUUCAUCCUUAAUUUGAAUAUUGGGUCUGAAAUGGCAUUGAGUAUGACUUCAGCACUGUUUAAUUGACCGCAGGCACUAUUCGGUGGCUGCUAUAUGGUAGAUGAGGCUUCUAAUAUGAUUUUGUUAAGGAGAAAGUCAGAUUGUUUGAUUAUAAAACCGACUUUACCUCCAAUUGAAGAUGAUAUGAUUUAAAAAGUUGCAUCCCGAAAACCGGCAUGGCAGAAUAAAUCACAUCGCAGGAAAUAAGAGCAGAUUAAAGUCAAAUAAAAGCGCCCGCAUGACCGUCUUAGCACAGCCCAGAAUGAUUCCUCUCUUAAACCCCCUGCGUGUUUGACUCUAGGUGUAAAUAAUCCAAUAAAAGCAACAGUUUUAGG